AUCCACACAUUCAUUCAUUAUCCAGCCACGUUGAAAGUUGAUAAAAAUACACGUUUUUAAACUAAAUUUCUGCACAAUCCCUGAGAAAUAUGGCUCUAGCAAGGCCUGUGUUUAUCGUGGCUGCGAAAAGGACACCAUUCGGUACAUUUGGUGGUAAACUACGAACAAAAACACCGACAAUGCUCGGUGUUCAUAGUUCCAAAGCUGCUCUCGACAGUGCCUCGAUAGACCCAGCUACUGUUGAUUCUGUCAUUUUUGGUAACGUUAUACAGUCUGCAGCAGACGGCAUAUAUGUUGCACGCCACAUUGGUCUUCACUCUCAAGUUCCAAUUGCAUCAACUGCGUUGACAGUCAAUAGAUUGUGUGGAUCAGGUUUCCAGGCAAUUGUCAGCGCUGCUCAGGAAAUUAUAGUUGGUGAUAGUGAUAUAGUUUUAGCUGGGGGAACUGAGAACAUGAGCCAAGCACCAUUUGCAGUAAGGGACAUCAGAUGGGGAACAAAGUUUGGCUCAGAUGUAAAGAUGGAAGAUACAUUAUGGUCAGGGUUGACUGAUAACUAUUGUAAACUACCAAUGGCCAUCACCGCAGAAAACCUUGCAGAAAAAUAUAACAUUUCACGAGAGGAUUGUGACCAAUUUGCCCUUGAGUCUCAGACAAGAUGGGCAAAUGGUCAACAGUCGGGAGCAUUUGAAGCAGAGAUAUCUCCAAUGAAAGUGAAAGGUCGUAAGGGUGAAGAGGACUUCAGUGUAGAUGAACACCCACGUGUAGGCACCGAUAUGAAAAGUCUGGCUAAACUGCCUCCUGUGUUCAAAAAAGAUGGCACUGUUACUGCUGGGAAUGCCUCGGGUAUUUGCGAUGGUGCGGCAUCACUUGUAUUGGCCAGUGAGAAAGCUGUAAAUGAACAUGGUCUCACCCCAUUGGCUCGUCUUGUCUCCUAUUAUACGUCUGGUGUGGAGCCUUCAAUCAUGGGUAUCGGUCCAGUUCCUUCUAUCAAGGGGGCUCUAAGUCGUGCUGGAAAGACUUUGGAUGACAUGGAUCUUAUUGAGGUAAACGAAGCAUUUGCUGCCCAGACCUUAGCAGUCAUGAAAGAGCUUGGCCUUAACCCAGAGAAGACAAAUGUGAAUGGGGGUGCUAUUGCCCUGGGCCAUCCUCUGGCAUCAUCUGGAGCAAGGAUUACCGCACAUCUAGUUCAUGAGUUGAGGCGUACAGGUGGAAAGCUUGCUAUUGGGUCAGCAUGCAUUGGAGGAGGACAAGGCAUGGCAGUUGUUGUUGAAAACAUGCAGUAAAGGCAAGAAUUCUAAAGACUGAGAGAUUGCACUAAUAGACUUUAUAUGUAAACUGACUGGACACAUUGACACUGUAAAUUUUUAUUAAAGAUUGCAUCUAUUUUA